CGCUUCAAAGGGGAGAGACUUCAGCGAAUGAAACAUGCGAGUCAGUGCAUGAAAGAGAACGAGAACGAGAACGAGAACGAUUCGUUCUUUUAAAAGAUUCGUUCUGAAACACUGUGCUCCACUGUGAUUCACUUUGAGACAUUUAGCUACAUGUUUUGGAUACAAUCUUGGAUAACGUUUUUGCGUGAAAAAAACUUAAACUGGCGUUAACAGCAGACCACGGAACCUCAACAGUGGAAACUUUUUAGUCACGAAAAUCUUGUUUUUUGGGGGGUUUCUUGCUCUUUCCCAGUCAGUGUAGUUUGGUUCGCGGUCCCGUGUAAUCUUUGUGUUAACAGAACCUCCGUUUUAAUCUGUUUUAAGGCAUCUGUUUUCAUCCGCUGGAAUCAUCUCGUGCGGAACUGCCAACGCCUCAUCUCUGGCAUCGUUAUUCUUCAGGCUGCAGGAAAAUUACCACAUCGUUCGGUGUUAAAGGUUCUUAUUAAUUGUUUUAUAAACAUUUCGCAAAAUGGGUUGCACGUUAAGUUCUGAAGAUAAAGCAGCGAUGGAGAGGAGUAAGAUGAUUGAUCGAAACCUGCGAGAGGACGGAGAAAAAGCAUCUAGAGAAGUCAAACUACUGCUGCUCGGUGCUGGGGAGUCAGGGAAGAGUACAAUAGUUAAGCAAAUGAAGAUCAUUCAUGAAGAUGGCUACUCAGAUGAGGAGUGUAAGCAGUAUAAACUUGUGGUUUACAGCAACACUAUUCAGUCCAUCAUCGCCAUUAUCCGGGCCAUGGGCCACUUAAAGAUCGAAUUUGGGGAUCCUGCAAGAGCGGAAGAUGCUCGGCAGCUCUUUGUGCUCGCUGCCACUGCAGAGGAAGGAGUCAUGACCCCUGAGCUCUCUGGGGUCAUCCGCCGGCUGUGGAAGGACGAAGGAGUGCAGACGUGUUUCGUCAGAUCACGAGAGUAUCAGCUCAAUGAUUCAGCAGCCUACUAUCUGAAUGAUCUUGAUAGGAUAUCCCAGCCCACCUAUAUGCCCACUCAACAAGAUGUGCUGAGGACUCGAGUCAAGACCACUGGCAUUGUAGAAACACAUUUCACCUUCAAAGAGCUCUACUUCAAGAUGUUUGAUGUUGGUGGCCAACGUUCAGAGCGGAAGAAAUGGAUUCAUUGUUUUGAAGGUGUCACUGCUAUUAUCUUCUGCGUGGCACUCAGCGACUAUGACCUGGUGCUAGCUGAAGAUGAAGAGAUGAACCGUAUGCAUGAGAGCAUGAAGCUUUUUGACAGCAUCUGCAACAACAAAUGGUUCACAGACACAUCCAUCAUUCUCUUCCUCAAUAAGAAGGAUCUGUUCGAGGAGAAGAUCAAGAGAAGUCCGCUCACGAUAUGCUACCCACAAUACUCUGGAACAAACACAUACGAGGAGGCAGCGGCCUACAUCCAGUGUCAGUUUGAGGAUCUGAACAGAAGAAAGGACACAAAGGAGAUCUACACACACUUCACUUGUGCCACGGACACCAAGAACGUACAGUUUGUGUUUGAUGCGGUCACUGAUGUCAUCAUCAAGAAUAAUCUCAUAGAGUGUGGCCUCUAUUGAAGCAUCAUCUGUCUGCUAAGUUAUUUAUGGAAGAUUUCCGAGGUUCACUGGCUGGUUGUUCCUGGUUUUGCCUGGUGGUGAAUGAACAAGAGAGACCUCCCCCCCACUGCAUGCAUUCUUCACGCUAAAUGUGGUGCCUAUGCCCAUGGACAUUUUUCCCCAUCCUUUCUUAAUAACAGUCCGUUAUAGACAUUAUUUCUUUGCCAUUUCCCUUUAGUCAUUAUUUUAUUGCAAAUACAGCUUCAUUCUGUUCAUUUCCUGUUUCCUCUCUAGGUAUUACAUAACACACCACUGUGCACAGAUCAUAAUCCACAAUAGAUGUUAAUAUGUGCCUCUGCUAACCUCCAUUGCAUCAAAGAUCAAACAGUACGAUUCUUUUAAGUCCUUUUAAUAACAAUGUGUCAGUUCUUAUGGGAAAGUUACCAUUUUGCCAUGUUUUUCAUAAUGAUCUUUUGCUAAUUUAUAAAAAAAUUUAGGUCUGUCUUUAAGUUUGCAUAUAUUUGCAUACACAUCAGAAUUUCUCCAAAUUAAGCCGCUUUGAUGAGUGAAACCAAGCUAGUGUGAGAACUAUUGUUGUAUAUUGUGUUAUAUUAUUGUCAUACCUUUAGUAAUCCACAGCCCAAUCACACAGCGACAGGACACCAUUUAUUUUUUCACUAAUUAGACUUGGAUCCUUUUACAUAAUGCUUUAUAUAACACACUAUUUUUGCAUCUCUUGAGGAACAGUAAAGGUGUGAACAAAUGUUUUUUUUCUGAAUGAU